AAUGCUCAGUGAGUUUCUAGCCCCCUUUCUAAUGCUCUCUGAAUGUAGUAAUUACUCAACUUGUUGGGGGUUGUAGAGAAUUACUGGGGGGUCUCACGGGAGCUCUCUCAGCACGCAGCCGUCACCAUGAUGUUCCGACCGGAAGGAGCUUUCCAAAUUUCGAAAGCAAUCAUACACACACUCUGAAACGGGGAAAACCCCCAAUAAACAUUUCUUGAAUUCUCAAGUUUUGAAGAGUUUUACCUCGCUGCCAAAGACUUUGCAAAAUAUUCUUUCCUUUGCUUAAGAAAUUUUCUCUUUAUGCCUAUUUUAGUCUGUUUUCCCUUUUUUGGAAAGACGUUUUACUUGCCACAGGAUUUUUUAUUUUCAGAAAUGUUUUGCUAAAUCUUAGAUGAAAGGUUAUUGAUCUGGUUCAUUUUAAAUCAGAGAGUCUGCUCUUGUGUGUUUCUGCUUUGGUUGCAUCACUUAUUUUCAUUACCAAGUCCCAAGCAGCUGAAAAUUAUUCGGGGAAAAAUAGAAGCAUACGAUUAUUUAAAUAACUGGCAUAAGUAUGUCUCAGCAGUGUUUUCCUGCCUCUGCAAAGAAAGAACAAAACAAAGACCUACAGCAGGUAAAAUACUCUCAGAGCUCAAAUCUUUUAAUACACAAACUUAGUUUUUCCUCUCCUUAACUUUUAGGAAUUUGUUAAAUAUUUGAUAUUUGCAAUACUCAGUAUGUGUUCAAUACUUGUGCAAAAUCGAAUUUACAUAGUAUGGCUGUGUCAUUUUUAUUUGUUGUUUUAGGGAUCAAAGGUUACAAUAAUAGCUUAAUGUCUUGUUUUUGUGUAUAUACAUGUACCUUUGUUAUUAUUUGUCCUCUAAUUAUUCUCUUAAGUGUUGGUGCUGCUGUGAAUUUCCCCACUGUGGGAUCAAUAAAUUCUAUUCUAUUCUAUUUGGGUUAUUGCAAAGAUGCUUCAUAGGGAGGCUAAUCAGGAAUCUUUCCUGAUUGUUUUUGUGAUUUUUCCUCUUAUCAGAGUCAUCGGGCCAGUGAAUAACUCCCAAACGUCACGGGCAUCUGUCAUAUCGACAGAUUGUGGGCGACGGUGGCACAGGAGUUAAUUGCUCGCCCCGUAAUCGGAAGGUUGCAGGUUCGAGCCCCGCUCAGUCUGUCACUGUCGUUGUGUCCUUGUCGUUGUGUCCUUGGGCAAGACACUUAACCCACCUUGCCUGCUGGUGGUGGUCGGAGGGACCGGUGGCGCCAGUGCUCGGCAGCCUCGCCUCUCUGUCAGUGCGCCCCAGGGCAGCUGUGGCUACAUCGUAGCUCAUCCCGACCAGUGUAUGAAUGUGUGUGUGAAUGGGUGAAUGACUGAUUUUGUUGUAAAGCGCCUUGGGGGGUUCCAGGACUCUAGAAGGUGCUAUAUCAAAUACAGGCCCUUUACCAUUUACGUCUGCUGUACCAGUCUGUCAGCCGGCUGUUGACUGACCUCACUGCUUGAACUCAGUCGUACUAAAAAACCGAAAUGGUUUCUUUUGAAUCCCAGAGCUACACUGAGCUGAAACUCAAAUGCUCUAAAAUUCACCUUUUUGUAUCCACAGCAUAAAGUGCAUUUUAUGCUUAGUUUAUAAAUUAGAUUUCAUUUGGAGCUGAAAUCAGCAGCUUUUGUGCUUUUUCUGCUAAUCUGUUCACUUCUUUCCUGUGCUUAAACAUAUAUUUUAUACGUGGUUUUACUGAUAUUAAAAAGUCCUAAAAGAGCUUCAUUUGCUGUUCUCAUGCAAACAUAAAACAGAUUUUUUUCCCUCUGCAUUCUUUUUGCAUCAUCUCUCAGCUUCAGUGAGGGGAUGGAUUGUCUGCACAUCCUACCAUAAAACCCAACCCUUCCACUGCUCAUGUGUGAAAACAGCUUAUGUUAUUAUGUGCAUGAACAGUAUUAUAUAACUGACAGAAAAUCAGAUGCAGUAGAUCUGAUCAGCCACCCACCAUGCUCUGCUGAUUACGCUAAUACUCUAAUUAGGUCACCAGUUGAUUGAUGAGUUGGUUUCCAGUGGGGAAUAACGAGGCCAUGGGAGUAAAUGUUUAUAGGCAGAUGUGAUUUAGGGACACAUAUGCACACAAUAUGGCUCUCUGACUCUGUUUGCCUCCACAUCUAAUGAGUCUACAGAAACAUCUCGAUGCAUAAUAUAAUACAAACUGAUUUUUGCACAAUAAAUGGCUCUAUUACCACCCUUUAAACUCUUGUUUAGCUAAUGAUGAAUCAGUGUAACCAAGAACCCAUCUAAACAUGUUAAAAAUGGAGAUCAGCCGAUUUGUAGAUUUGUUGCAGAUCCCGAUAGGUAGAGGUCAUGGUCAGCCGAUGGUCAACAUGUUCUGCUAAGUGUCUGUGCAUAUUUUCGUGCCUGAUGUUUAGACAUAUUCCACCUUAUUUGAGUGCUAAAAUAUCACCAAUGACAUCAGUGGAUACACGACAUUCCUGUACCUGAAUCUAUUUUUGAACACUGAAUUUAACCAACUGUUGAACGGCUCUUUGAGAUAAACGACCGACUAAUGAACAGCUCCCAUGAAAGAGCUAUAAGUCCCAUCACUACUGCUUUUCAGAUAUAAAAAGGAGGGCGAUUUAUUGAGAAAUGAAAGGGAACUUCUCUGUCUAGGCCCACUCGGGGCUGUUUAACAAGACUCCCUGCAGGGAAAUGUUCUCGCUAAGUUCAACAAGACAAAACAUUAGUAUGGUAAUACCAUCGAGAUAUGAAGUAGUAUGAUAGUAGUGAAAAUAUACAACUUUUAUUUAAAUAAUUCAAUUUGCCAAGAUGUUUAUUUUCACUUCUGGGACUCUGAGAAGUUAGCAUUUAAAUAUGGUGAUUGUUUAGAAGUAGUGUCCAAACCACCUGAUGCUGAAUCAGUUUAAACUCAUUAUAGACCAUUUAUAAUCUUAAUGUUGGUUUUGUGUGAUAUGUGUGGAAGAUUUACACAAACAAAGAAAACAAACAGGAAGUGGAUCUAUAACCUCUUUCUAUAACUUGACAGUAAAUGUGUAAAUGAAAGAAACGCUUUCCAAGAGCCACAAAUGACCUCACCACAGCGGAACUUCCCCUUAUAAAUCUUGUUCACUUGGUGGCUGAAAAAAGACAUACUGAGAUAAAAAUUAAAGCGCAACCUUGAAAGCAAGCCACUUAGAUUUAUUUUUUCUUAUUUAUUCAUAGUAGCAGCUGCAGAAAUUAUAGUAAUUGUGCUUCAUCUGCUGUGGAAAGGUUUUUUUUAACCGAGAGGAUGGACUUUGAACUUUAUUGUCAACGUUCAACAACAUAGCGCCACACACACACACACACACACACACACACACACACACACACACACACACACACACACAGAGGGCUGCAGAACGCUGCAUUUGCUAAUGAUCAACCAGCAAGUUUCGGGAUUCUGCGUUUGGAGUGGGAAACAUGACAAAUGGCUGUGUUGGUGCAGUUAAAGCAGUAUGCAUGCUUGAGUGUUGAAGGGCCCUCCUGCUUCUUCACUUUUUGAUCCAGACAAUCAAAUUGCUCAUGAGGUCAGGGAGCAGCAUCCGGUCUCAGAAGCAAACAUGUCCAUCUGCUGAGUGCCUUUAGUCUUUGGCACUGGUGUCAUGACCAGCCUGAAGCGCCCACCCAUGGAGUGCUCUGUCGGGGGCUCCAUCCCUGCCACUAAUGAGUUUUACACUGGCCAGCUCCGAACGGUCAAUGGAGGAGCUUUGCCAACUCGCACAGACAACUUUCAUUCCAGUGUGAGCACAGGAGUGCCUAAAAUGGGUGUUAGGGCUCGUGUAGCUGACUGGCCCCCGAGAAAAGAGAUUUCAGGGCCAUUGUGGCACCCGUCGGCUGAUACUGGGACUGGUGUCCCCUCCGUUACUAAAGGUCACAUAAAGUUAGGAUCUGUUUUGAGCCCUCAGGACUCAUCAAUGCUUCGUAACAUCCACAAUAGUCUGAAAAAUCGAACCCAAAUCCAGGCUAACAAUUACUGCCCAAACACACGUUACCUGGCGCCAGGAGACUACAGAGGUCCUGCACGUAAAACCCCCCAGCAGAGAUGCAUCCGCCAACGCAGCAAUAGUGACAUGACUAUCAGUGAGAUGGAAGGCAGUGGAGAAAGUGGAGAGGACUGGGAUCCAUCCGCAACAGCCAAAAUGUCCCCUCUUCAUCGUGAAUAUGGUAGCACCUCCUCUAUAGAUCAACAUGGAGUAUCCGGAAAUAGCUUCUUUGAAAUGCUUAAGGGCUACAAAGAGGACAAAUUUGACCAGCAUAACCCUGCUCCGGAGAAACUAGAGGACAUACUAAGUGUUGGAAUCAAUCAGGGACUUAUGGAGCUACAGGAAGAUGUCACAGAUGGCCAUCUUAAACCUAGGGACAAGGACAAGCCUCCAAAGAGACGCACCAAGUCUGAAACAGGGGGCGAGUCUAUAUUCAGAAAACUAAGGAAUGUAAGAGGUGAGCUGGACUCUCCUAGAGCUGGAUCUGAUGUGGACGACAGUCGGACAGAGGACAUGGUCCUUCCUUCAAAACCUUGGGUUUGUCAAAAAGGUUUUUCCCACUACGACGUUCAAAGCGCUCUUUUUGACCUCAACAACGUUAUUCAGUUAAGACAAACUGCAGGCAAGAGGAAAAACACCACCACCGGAGCGUCUGCUGCUGCUGUAGCUUCAGCUACCUCCACUCUAUCCUCCACCCACAGCCUACCUUACAGCUCCCCCAGUGGCAGCCAAGAGGAGCUCAGUUUUAGAGACAGUCCAAGUUUGGAUGCAGGAGAUGAACAGAGCAACGACAUGCUCUUAAGUUGCCCCUGUUUCCGCAAUGAGAUCAGUGCUGAUGGAAUUGCGAGGCGCAAGCUGGGAGCAGCUGGAGCUGGGUAUCAUGGGCUCAUGAGUGGUGGAGUUAGCAUCUCUGGGACACUGACCGGGGAAAGUCAUUUGUAUGAAACAUCUCUGAGCACACACUGCACCAAUGCUGGAGUAGCUGUCCUCGAGGGACCUAAGGAGGGACCUAGCACACUCAGCGAAAAGGGCAAACAAUACAUUGUGGAGCAUGUGGACCAGGGAGCUUAUUACUACAGGAAGUUUUUCUACCUCCGAGAGCACUGGAACUACUUUGGGAUCGACGAGGCGCUGGGCCCAGUUGCAGUGAGCCUUCGCAGAGAGAAACUGGAGGAUGAUAAGGAGCAUGGCCCACAGUAUAACUACCGCCUCAUCUUCAGAACCAGUGAGCUGACAACGCUCCGGGGCUCCAUACUUGAGGAUGCGGUUCCUUCUACCUCCAAGCACGCCACAACGCGAGGCCUGCCAGUCAAAGACGUACUGGAGUACCUUCUACCAGAACUGGAUCUGUCCUGUCUCAGAUUGGCCCUCAACACCCCCAAAGUCACUGAGCAGCUAAUGAAACUGGAUGAACAAGGGCUGAGUUUUCAGGUGAAGGUGGGUGUGAUGUACUGCAGAGCAGGACAGAGCACAGAAGAGGAGAUGUACAACAACGAGACAGCCGGUCCCGCCUUGGAGGAGUUCCUCCAGCUGCUGGGCGAGAAGGUCCGACUCAAGGGCUUCACCAAGUACAGAGCCCAGCUGGACACCAAAACGGAUUCCACUGGCACUCACUCGCUGUACACUUCCUACAAGGACUACGAGAUCAUGUUUCACGUGUCGACAAUGCUGCCUUACACACCCAACAACAAACAGCAGUUGCUGAGGAAGCGCCACAUUGGGAACGACAUUGUGACCAUUGUGUUCCAGGAACCGGGAGCGCACCCCUUCACGCCCAGGACCAUUCGUUCUCACUUUCAGCAUGUCUUCAUUAUUGUUCGGGUGCACAACCCCUGCUCUGACAGCACGUGCUACAGCGUGGCUGUGACUCGCUCCCAGGACGUUCCCUCCUUCGGACCACCAAUCCCCAACGGCGUGACCUUCCCCAAGUCUUCUGUCUUCCGGGACUUCCUGUUGGCCAAAGUCAUCAACGCCGAAAACGCGGCCCACAAGUCUGAGAAGUUUGGUGCCAUGGCGACACGCACACGGCAGGAGUACCUGCGGGACUUAGCCGAGCGCCACGUGACCAGUACGCCUGUGGAGUCCACGGGGAAGUUCCCCUUCAUCUCUCUGGCUCACAAGCGGCGGGAGAAGGUGCGUCCCUACAGUGGGGCGGAGCUACGGAGUCUGGGAGCCAUAACCUGGCAGGUCCACGCUGAAGAUCAGGUCGCAGGAGCUGAACGAGAAUGCCUGUUGGCCAUUUCAAACGACUUCAUCAUCCUGUUGGAUCAAGAGGCCAAAGCAGUCGUGUUUAACUGUGCCACACGGGAUGUGAUUGGCUGGUCAACGGGAAGCCCUGCCUCCAUGAAGCUCUACUAUGAGCGCGGUGAGAGCGUGUCACUUCGAUCCAUCAAUAACAACACGGAAGACUUUGGAGAAGUUGUGAAAAGACUGGAGCUGCUGACCAAAGGCAGCCAAACCACAGAGAUGACACUACGCCGUAACGCUUUGGGCCAGCUGGGUUUUCACGUGAACUUUGAGGGGAUUGUGGCCGAAGUGGAGCCCUACGGUUACGCCUGGCAGGCCGGGCUGAGGCAAGGCAGCCGAUUGGUGGAGAUCUGCAAAGUGACCGUGGCCUCACUGUCUCACGAGCAGAUGAUCGACCUGCUCAGAACCUCGGUCACUGUUAAGGUGGUCAUCAUUCCUCCACAUGAAGACUCCACCCCACGCAGAGGCUGCUCAGAAAUCUAUCACAUGCCACUUGUGGAUUACAAGAACCACAAAGAGGGCAUGCCCUAUGAAUUAAAGUUCCCCUUUCGCCCAACAAACAAUAACAGCAAGUGGCCGCGCUCAUCAUCCAGCCCUCAGACUCGCGCCGCCGGCUCAGGGGGAACCCUGAUCAAAGCACUACCCUCAGACUUCAGCGCCGCAAUUCCACGCAGCGUGUCAAGCGACGGUCGGCCUCUCCACCCGAAAAGGUAUUCCCCAGGAAACGACAACUAUGCUGUGGCCUGCUCCAUCAUGAUGGGGCGCACGCCGCACAACACUAACUCACCCUCAGGCCCCUCCUACAGCGACACAAUGAGCUCCAGCCACUGGAGGCAGAGGUCUGGGCCUGAUGGGUUUAACAACAACGGCCCUUCGCCUGCUGCGUCCGUCCGGCAGGCAGCCGGUGAGGUGGUCAAUGGGGUGAAGGUGAGCUCUGCUUCUGGUGUUGGAUGGUCCAGAGCUGGGGAGGGUGAAUCUGCUGGCAGACUUGGAGACAAACUCGGCUCAGAUGUUAUCGUUUCCAAAGUGGUGGUUCCUCGUCUCCAUCCAUCAGAGCAGAGUCACCUGUCACCUAGCAAGAACACUAAGGUGGAUGGUCCAUAUUCAUCCGGCCAAUCAAGCAGCAACACACUGUCCAGCAACGCCUCCAGCUCCACCCACAGCGAUGAGAAGUGGUACGAAGUGGGCUCCCGAUCCGGAGCGCGGAACGACCUGGAGCUAAAUGGCUACCUCCAGGGCGCCUCCACCGACAGCGGCAUUGACGCCACCUCUUUCACCGCCACCCAGAGCAGCACCGCUUCCUCUACGGGUGCCUUCAGGUCCAAAGAAAAAAUCCCGUGGCAGGAGGAUUCAGCAGGCAGUCAGAGGGCCACGAACGCAUCGCCUCCGACGUCAGAUUCUCUCGUCGCUGCUGGAGGUGGUGAGAUCACGACGAAGAGGCCGUCAACCUUUGCAUCAGCUCCUGAGAGUGAUGCUGCCUCCCACUCCAGCUCUGGUCACUCUGGGAGUCCGAUGGGGCAGAGCUGCAGCGCCACGUCGCCUCAGAACGAGGAAACCGACCCGGACAUCUCACCUACAUCCCAGACCCCCCAGUCUCCCGGGUCCAAGAGCUUCUAUCCUCGCCAUGGUGCCACCUCCAAGUACCUGAUAGGCUGGAAGAAGCCCGGGGGAACCGUGAACUCUGUGGACUUUGGUAACACUCGCAAACGACACCCGAGCGAUGGUCUGCUGGGGGGGCAGCCACAGCUCAGGGCGAAUCUCCGCGGCUCCCAGUCGCCCCAUCGCCAGACCGCCAAAUCCAGCCUGGAAGAAGACUUGAAGAAGCUCAUCAUGCUCGACAGCCCACCGCCAACAACAAACGAUGAGAAGCCUUCGUUCCCAGCCCCACCGCCCAGCCGCCGCUCCCUACAGAGAACGCUGUCAGAUGAGAGCAUCUACAGUGGGCAGAGGGAGUCGAACUCCAGCGGACAGUGUGACAUGCCUACCGACCUUCUGUUCACCUGCUCCACCAUACCGCGCUCACCCAUCACCCGACACGCACCGAGUCGGCGAGCCUCACACAAAUCUCUCGGGGACCUGUCGGCUCUGGAGAGCUCAGAUUUGGAACAGCAGAGGAGGAGGAAGCAGCUGCAGCAGGAGGACCCUGUUCUCAUGCCCCUGCCUGACCCUGGCUCUGAUGGCCCACUUGACUGGGCCCACUUGGUGGAUGCUGCUAAGGCAUUUGAAGAGCAGAGACUGGAUUUUCUAACAGCCCAGGAGGAAAGCGACGCAGCAGAGAGCACAUCAGCCGCCAGCCGCCAGCAGGCCGAGCCUCAGGCAGCUCCACAGAGACAGCCCUCGCCUGGAGAUACUCCAGCGUGUUUGAUGGGUAAGGUGAGUCAGCUGGAGUCCAUGGUGAAGGCUCUGCAGGAAGACCUGAAGAAGGAGAAGGAUGCCAAAGCGUCGUUACAAGCGCAGGUUGAAACCCUGCGAGAGGACAACCAGCGCCUCCUGGAGGAGUCCUACAGCGCCUCAGCCAAACUCAAGAAGUUCACAGAGUGGGUCUUCAACACCAUCGACAUGAACUGAUGCACACAGAUGCUCUCCACUGGGGGAUUCAACCACUAAUCAAGCUCAUUUCUAAAUUUGUACAUUUUCUUUAGCUUUAUGUAAAAUACUCAACUCAAAAAGGAAAACAGGCUCAGGAAAAAGUAAAAUCAAGUAAAAAAAAACACAAGCAGGAAAGAAGAGAGACCAGUGUGUCCGUUUUUAUCAGCAUGCGCUCCAUUCUUUAGGAGUACAUAAAUUAUGUAAGACUUUGUUUCCCGUGUAACAGCCUGUUGGUACCCUAACCCACGCACGUCCGAGAGCAAGUCGCCGUGUAGCUCUUCGCUAAUCUGAUUAAGAAUAAACUCAUGGAGCUCAAAUAUUUAAAAAUCUUUGACCCGAUGCAAGACGCUGUGAGUAAAAUCCCAUGUAGCUCUAAUAAAGGCUUCAUAGAAGUUGAUGCUUAGAUCUUCUGUAAAUUUACUCUUAUUUUUUAUACAAAUAACCAAAAAGGUCAUUUUUAUCAGGCUGAGACAGACUGAGCCUUUGCCUUUGCACAGUAAAGGACCCCAAAACAGAAACAUAACUAUAUAUAUAUAUAAAUAUAUAUAUAUUGUGUAAAACACAACAGGUGCCAUACAGAAAUACAUAAUCCAGAUUAUUGUAAAUAUAUGAUGUUAAAAUGUAUUUUCCUCAUGCCCUACUGUGAUAUAAGAUAAAGAGUAUUUAUGACAACGAUGAUGGCCAAGAAAAAGGAGCCAUAUGCAGUCAGUGGACAUUUCCUUUUAAUGUUUCUGUCUUUCUCUAAAUUUAUUGACAUUUAAUCUAAAAUACUAAACACUGUCAUGUUUGUUUUUUGUCGCCUGGCCUGCUGCUGUGGAUCCAUCGACGGUGACACCUUGUGUUGACAACGUGUAACAUACUGCUUGGUCCUGAUCCUUUCUCCAUCCUCACACAGCAUGUGAAACGGCUUCGUUCUGAUUGAUCCGUUGUGCUCGGAGUGAAUUAAAGCGGUACUGUUCUGCAUAGAACUACGUAGUGAGAUGCUGUGCUGAUCCAGAUUUUCUGAACGGACCUGCCUGAGAACCACGGCGUGAACUCGGGUCUGUUUGGGACCGAACGGAGUCCUCAUACUGUAACUGCUUCCUUUUGUACUCAGACACUGUGCAACUGUAUAUAAACAGAAUUUAAUAUUCAUCAGAAACUUGCACCUUCUGUCCUUUUUUUCUACAUUUAUUCUGCUUUACUUGGUAGCAACGAGCGGAAGAAGUGUUAUGCAAGAUGAAACGGGGGAGGGGCGAGUGGGUUUAAGACUACGAGCUGGAUUCAGAAGAGUCUCAGGUCCCAAACAUAGCAGAUCACCCCUUUGCCUUCAUUCUUAACAUGUGUGACGGCAUGUUUCCAUUCAGCUGUGACGUGUAAAAACUGUUUAUAUCUAUUAAAGUUAUUUUGUUGAAUUACACCUCA